AUGCAGAUAUCCGGGACAGCGGCAAGAAACCCGUUAUGAUGUUCAUCCACGGGGGAUCCUACAUGGAAGGGACGGGGAACAUGUUCGAUGGCAGCGUGCUGGCCGCGUACGGCAACGUCAUCGUGGUCACUAUGAACUACCGGCUGGGAGUCCUUGGGUUCAUGAGUACAGGGGAACAGGCGGCAAAAGGUAAUUACGGCCUUUUGGACCAGAUUCAAGCGUUGCGAUGGUUGGAAGAAAAUAUCGGCCAUUUUGGAGGGGACCCAGAGAGAAUUACCAUCUUUGGGUCAGGAGCUGGGGCGUCCUGCGUCAGCCUUCUCAUCCUGUCCCACCACUCUGAAGGUCAAUUCCUUCUCUUUCUAUUUGUAGGUCUCUUCCAGAAAGCCAUUGCACAGAGUGGUACAGCCAUAGCUAGCUGGUCCGUCAACUAUGAACCCCUGAAGUACACUCGUAUGUUGGCGGCCAAGGUGGGAUGUGACUACCCAGACAACAAUGAGAUGGUCAGCUGCCUCAGGCGGAAGCCGUACAGAGACCUGGUGGACCAGGACAUCCAGCCAGCUCGAUACCACAUCGCCUUUGGUCCUGUUGUGGAUGGAGACGUAGUUCCAGAUGAUCCAGAGAUUUUGAUGGAACAAGGAGAGUUUCUUAACUACGAUAUACUGAUGGGGGUGAACCAAGGAGAGGGCCUCAAAUUUGUAGAAGACACAUUGGAGAGUGAGGACGGAAUAUCCGCCAGCUACUUUGACUUCACAGUGUCCAAUUUUGUGGACAACCUCUAUGGCUAUCCAGAUGGAAAAGACGUGCUACGUGAAACCAUCAAAUUCAUGUACACUGACUGGGCUGAUCGCGACAAUGGCGACAUGAGGAGGAAGACCCUGCUAGCCCUUUUUACAGACCAUCAGUGGGUGGCACCGGCUGUGGCAACAGCUCGCUUCCACGCUGAAUACGAAUCUCCUGUUUUCUUCUAUGCCUUUUACCAUCGUUGCCAGGCAGAGGGGAGGCCGGAAUGGGGCGAGGCAGCCCAUGGUGAUGAAGUGCCGUAUGUCUUUGGUGUUCCCAUGGUGGGGGCUACUGACCUGUUCCCCUGUAACUUCUCCAAGAACGACGUCAUGCUGAGUGCUGUGGUCAUGACCUAUUGGACCAACUUUGCUAAGACUGGGGAUCCAAACCAUCCGGUCCCUCAGGACACCAAGUUCAUCCACACAAAACCCAACCGCUUUGAGGAGGUGGUAUGGACAAAGUUUAACCCUAAAGAGAAGCAGUACCUACACAUUGGCCUAAAGCCUCGAGUGCGGGACAAUUAUCGUGCCAACAAGGUGGCCUUCUGGUUGGAAUUAGUCCCUCAUCUUCACAAUCUGAACACAGUGCAGCAUCCUUCAACCACCACGAAAUUACCGCCCCACAGCACCCGCUGGCCACCUGGUACCAGGAUAACCGGCGGCAGUACCACUCGGCGACCGCAUGCCACACUUCCACUGGAACGACCUCGAUACCCCCCUUUCCCUGGGGACUCCCGUGACUAUUCAACUGAGUUGAGUGUGACCGUAGCAGUUGGAGCUUCUCUCCUCUUCCUCAACAUCCUGGCCUUUGCUGCUCUUUAUUACAAGAGAGAUCGGCGUCACGAACUCCGACAAAGGCGACACAGUCCUGGGCGAGGAGGAGCUCCUGGCAAUGACCUGGCACAUCAUGGACCCGAAGAAGAACUGAUGUCCCUUCAGAUCAAGAGGGCUGGAGGAGCUCCUGAUCUUGAGCCUCUAAGGCCACAUGACAUACUGCGCCCAGCUUGCCCUCCCGACUAUACACUGGCGUUAAGAAGGGCCCCUGAGGACGCUCCACUUCCACCGCCACCUCCACCUCCUGCCUCUGUCAUGGUUCCAAGCACCAUCUCGGGCCUACCUUCUUUACAUCCCUUCAAUACAUUCCCCACCACUGCUCACAACAAUACCCUGCCCCACCCGCAUUCAACCACAAGGGUAUAG